AUGGCCUUUAAUGUUUCUCUACCGAUGGUAACUAUUAAGCGCAACUUUGCCGCUGUACCAGAAAAGUUGAAACAGACGCCAUUAUAUAACCUUCAUAAUGAAAAACGUGGUAAAAUGGUUCCUUUUGCUGGCUGGUCAAUGCCGGUACAUUAUGCAAAUCAAGGUAUUCUAUCGGAGCACUUGCACACGCGUGAAUAUGCUUCUUUAUUUGAUGUUUCACAUAUGCUUCAGUUUAGAAUUCUCGGAAAAGAUCGCAUACGUUUUCUUGAAAGCUUGGUUGUUGCCGAUAUAGAGGAGAUGCCAUUUGGUGCCUCGGUUUUAUCUGUUUUCACUAAUGAGAAUGGUGGAAUUAUUGAUGAUACAGUCAUUUGUAAACACGCCGAUCAUCUUUAUGUCGUAUCUAAUGCAGCCUGUGCAGACAAAGAUUUAGAUCAUAUACGUACUAAAAUUGGUGAAUUUCAAAAAAAAGGCGGAUGGGUUGACUUAAAAGUUAUCGACGAUCGUGCUUUACUGGCUUUACAAGGUCCUCUAGCUGCUGAAAUUCUUAAAAAAUUAUGUGAUAAAGAUUUAUCAGAUUUUAAGUUCAUGACUUCCCGUUUUAUUCAUUUUAAAACUAUCGAAAGCCACGUGUCACGUUCUGGAUAUACUGGUGAAGAUGGUUUUGAAAUUUCCGUUUCUGCGUCGAGUUCUCAACGGCUGGCAAAGUUAAUAUUGGGUUAUCCAAGUGUGCAUUUGGCUGGACUUGGCGCGCGUGACAGUUUACGCCUCGAAGCUGGUUUGUGUUUGUAUGGGCAUGACCUUGAUGAUUCAAUAACGCCUCAUUUAUUUGACUUAAAAAAUCCAUUAGGAAAACGUCGUAGAGUAGAAGGUGGCUUUUUAGGUGCUGAUCGAAUUCUUGCACAACUUAAAGAAGGCGUAACACGUCGUCGUGUUGGUCUUAUUGUUGAGGGUGCACCCGCAAGAGAAAAUUCGGAAAUUUAUAAUUCUUCGGAUGAAUUAGUUGGCAAAGUAACAAGCGGUGGUCCGUCACCUACGUUAAAUAAAAAUAUUGCAAUGGGGUACGUCAAAUCUGGAUAUCACAAGAAUGGAACUUUGCUUAAAGUUAAAGUUAGGAAUAAAUUACAAGAUGCCAAAAUUGUAAAGAUGCCUUUUGUUCCUUCUAAAUAUCAUAAAUAA